AAAAAAGGGGGAAAAAAGCCUGUCCUUGUCCUUUACGUCAUCUUUCAAACUCAACAGCAAGACAACAUGAACACCCCGACAAUUAAAGCAAAAGUGAAUCAUGGAAAACUCGAGCAAACCCUACAGGUCUAAACAAAAAAGCAGGGAGAAGGGAUCUACAGCAUCAGCCAAGGGAGAAAAUUGGAAAAUGCAGGACCAGACUCGUGGACAUAACUCACGGUCGGAGGGAAGUCAGCACGGCAAGAAGAGCCAGGGUGGUCCCUACAAUGCAAGUCCCAAGAAGGGAGGCCUGGGACCCCUGGGCUACUCGCCUGGUGGAUUCAGAGGUGGUCAGAGCCCCUCUCAGAGAGAUGACCUCCGAUGGUGUUCAGUGAACAAUGAUUUUAGUCAAGAGGAAAUUUGGAGAGGACAUUCGCAGCAGCACGACUGGAGGUGGAGAACCCAGGGAGAAAGUUCACAUGAGUACAGAAUGAGAGAGGACACAGAUGACAUCGCUUAUAAACCUGGAAGAAGACGGAGAAACAGAAACAAGAAGAAAGCCUUUGCUGAAGAGUGUAAGGGCCUUGAAAUGGAGGAAGCCAGAGUAUCAGUUCAAGACCUCCAAAACACACGCCAAGCAGAGAAAAAAUUAAAGAGAGAUGAGAUAUACCCACUAAGGAAGAAUUCCCAUGGCAAUCCUGGUGCACUUUACACCUGUGCUUUGUGUGAUAUUCCCCUUGAAUCUAUAUCUCAUGCUUUCAAACACGUCAGAGACAAACGGCACAAGAAGAGGGCUCGGGAGAAACAGGAGAAGCUGAUGCUAAUUGAGAUCCUGCCUCCUGGUCCAGAGCACAUCAGCGCAGUGACUGCAGCUUUAACGGCAGUUGUCCAGGAGCAUGGGAUGAAUGACCAGGAUGUUUUAAAGAGAGAGAGUGUUGUUUCCGUCAUGCAAGACGUUCUACUGUCCGUCCUGCCAGGAAUACAGCUCAGGCUUUAUGGAUCAUCUCGCACAAAGUUUGGAUUUAAGGACUCUGAUGUCAACAUUGACAUUCAGUACCCACCUCACAUGCAUCAGCCAGAUGUCUUGUUGGUGGUUAAGGAGGCCCUGUCUGGGAGUCCUUUUUUUCUUAAUGUGGAAGCAGACUUUCAUACCAGGGUGCCUGUGGUCAUCUGUAAAGAAAGAAAGAGUGACUUAAUCUGCAAAGUGAGCGCUGGGAAUGAAAACGCUUUCCAGACCACUUCCUACUUGUCUACUCUUGCCAGCAUGGAACAUCUUCUCCUCCCUCUGGUCUUGGGCCUCAGACACUGGGCACAGAUCUGUGAAAUCGACCGUCCAGAGGAAGGAGGGUUGCCUCCAUAUGUGUUUGCCCUCAUGGUUAUCUUCUACUUACAGAAGCGUAAAGAGCCUCUCUUGCCAACUUAUCUUAACCAGGGGAUUAAGGUGUUUUCAAUAAGUAGGCUUUCAGCCUUCAACCUCACACAUACUGAUGACGGUUAUAUUCACUGGACCUACAACGUCCCUUCCUCCAAAGAAUCUUCCCAGCCAGCAGAGAACUCCAUCAUGAAGGGGAAGGUACCACUGGUGUUCCAGAGUCCCCAUCUACCGGUGGAGGUUGGGCUCCUCUGGAUAGAAAUGCUUCGCUUCUACUCACUGGAGUUCAUCAUGGCCGACAACGUGAUCGGUGUGCGAACCAACUCUGUCCUCUCGAGAGAGAUGAAAGACUGGCCGAAGAAACGCAUUGCUAUUGAGGACCCGUUUGCUGUAAAGAGAAACGUGGCCCGCACUGUGAACAGCCAGCAAAUGUUUGACUACAUCCUCCACUGCCUCAAGACUACAUACAAGUACUUUGCUCUUCCGCUCAAAACGUCUGCUGCUAACCACAGAGACGAAGCCAAGCAGGGCCUGAAUGAAGGAGCCAGUGGUCUGUCUGAUUUCAGUCAGCUCUCCCUUCAGUCCCCCAGUCAGACUCAGGGUGCAGAUGAUGGCCCUGAUGACUCUGACUGCAUCAUUGAAGAAGAGGAAGAAGUUGAGGAAUGUAGCGACUCUGACGAAGAGCAGGAGAAGGAAAAGGCCGACCUAGGCAAGAGUAGUUUCUCAGAGGAUGAGGAGGAUGAGGAAGAGCAGGAUGAGGAUCUUGACGUUGAUAGACAGCACUUGGACAGCUUAACAACAGAGGACGAGGACAUAUUUCCUGUGGAUGAGAUCUCAGGAGAGGAACUUCUCUCUGACGAGGAGCCUCAGGAUUUGGACACGCCUGGUUCUCUGGAUGAAGAAGAGGAAGAGGAGCUGGCACAUGUCAGGCAUUCACCUUCAAUGAGUAAAACUAAAAAUGAAAGCACCAAAAAUCAAAACCAACAGCAAAGCCAAUGUGCUUAUGAGUUCACCAAGCAAGCUUUUACCAAAGGAAAGUCACACAUGGUGGUGUGCAGCUUGUGCAAACGUGAUGGACAUCUAAAGAAAGACUGCCCAGAGGAUUUUAAGAAGGUGGAGCUGGAUCCGCUGCCUCCGCUAACGCCGGACUUCCUCUGUGUCCUUAACAGAGUCUGUGAGCAAUGCUACAUUGAUUUUGCCCCUGAUGACCUGGAAAAUGGUGUAAGAGAGCUCAUCCUUCAAGACUUGGAGAGCUUUGUUAGACGACAGUUUGCUGGGGCUCGACUACAAUUGUUUGGCUCAUCCAAAAAUGGUUUUGGCUUCAGGCAGAGUGAUCUUGAUAUCUGCAUGGUUUUGGAGGGAAAGGAAACGAUGGAGGAUAUUGAUUGCAUCAAUAUCAUUAAAGGCCUGGCAAGACAGCUGAAGAAACACCCAGGUCUUAGGAAUAUUCUUCCCAUCACCACAGCUAAAGUACCCAUUGUUAAGUUUUACCAUCUUCGCACUGGAUUGGAGGGAGACAUCAGCCUCUACAAUACACUGGCCUUGCAUAACACACGCCUGCUAGCAUCAUAUGCUGCAAUAGACAGAAGAGUGAAGAUCCUCUGUUAUAUUAUGAAGGUUUUUGCAAAGAUGUGCGAUAUUGGAGAUGCUUCCCGUGGCAGCCUCUCAUCCUACGCCUACACUCUCAUGGUCCUGUUCUUCCUUCAGCAGAGAAACCCACCAGUCAUCCCCGUGCUGCAAGAGAUUUACGGUGGAAAAACGAAACCGGAGGUUCUUGUUGAUGGCUGGAACGUCUAUUUCUUUGAUGAUUUAAAAACACUGCCUUGUCACUGGCCUCUGUAUGGACAGAACACUGAGUCUGUGGGGGAGCUCUGGCUCGGUCUGCUCCGCUUCUACACAGAGGAUUUUGACUUCAGAGAGCAUGUUGUUUGUAUCCGACAGCAUACCCGCCUCACCACGUUCAACAAACAGUGGACGUCCAAGUACAUUGUCAUUGAAGAUCCUUUUGACCUGAAUCACAAUUUGGGUGUUGGUCUCUCCAGGAGAAUGACAAACUUUAUCAUGAAGGCGUUCAUCAAUGGAAGAAGAGUGUUUGGCACACCCAUGAAAGGUUUCCCACCAGAGUAUCCCAAUGAAAUGGAGUAUUUCUUUGACCCUGAAGUUUUGACCGAGGGAGAAGUUGCACCAAACGACCGCUGCUGUCGCGUCUGUAGAAAGAUCGGACACUUUUUGAAAGACUGCCCCAUGCGCAACAAACCCAAGCACAGGCGGGAAUCGGAGAACAGGCCAGAGCACUUUCACGAUUCAACAGAGGAGUUCAUGGAUCCAGUCAGGUAUAGGAAUGAACACUGGAAGAAACGAGAUGCACUGGACAUGCGCUGCUGCUUCCUGUGUGGAUCAAGCACCCACAUCAAGAAGGACUGUCACCUUUACAGAAGCCCCGCAGGUAAUGUGAAAAUGGAGAACCUUGCAUCCUCCUCAUCAAGCCACCUUAAAAAUCUGAGAGAGAAGGAGAAACAGGGCUUAUCUGCACAAGAAGAGAGGAGAAGAAAGCAACAGAAUGUAAUUCUAAGUCCACAAGCAGGUAGCUUAGCUCGUCGAAAUCUAGGUCGUUCUGGUCCAAGGAAAAACCCAGAGGAGUGAGAAGGGCCACUGGACACCAAGACCACAGGAUGUCUGCUGUUGUCAUUGCAGACUGCAUCCCAGAUUUGGGGGAAAUCCUUAAAUCUGAAUGGUACUACUGGGCCAUUGGGUGCCCAUUAAAAAGCCAAAGCCUGGACAUCAAGACUUGAAGCCAAAUAGGGCCUUUUUAUGUGUGUUUCCUCCUCAGAGGAGCUUUUAAAGCUUUUGUUUAUCAAGAGAAGCCAUUAUGCAUGUCCAACGUCUCUGUUUGCAUUCAGGUUUUUUUUUGUUGUUAUUCUUUACACUGCAGUCCAAUGAUAGCAAUUUCAGAUCCCUCUCCCAAAUGCGCUCAGAGAUGGUGGGUUACACAAAUACUAAGGUAUUGUUUCUGCUCAGAUUGGUAUGAAGAAUAUUGAUGAUCUACUCAGUUGGAUUCACAAACACUGUUUCAAACUAAAAUCACCAUGUUAUGAAACGUUGCUCAGUUUAUGUGGUUUUUGUUUUCUAGAGAUUAACAUUUAUAUUGGGAUUUAAGAACUUAAUGAACAUUUUAAUGACAGUGGGGUUUUUUCCUGUAGCAUUCUUCUUUUCAUUUCCUAACUAUAUAUUUUAAACCUUGUCGGGUUUUUUUGUUCUGCACUGAGGCCUAUUUAUUUAUGUUCAAAUCCCUUAGCAUACUCCAUUAAGUCUGAUUCGAAGAAAAGGCAAAAAUUAAUUUUAUUGCAAAACUGCAAUUUCCUGUCACGAUUUCACUACUUCGCCAUUUCUCACCUGCCUGCAUGUGAUCAUCAAAGCACAGAAGUUGAUCGUUCUCUGCCGUUUCUCCACACAUGCCUGGAAACAUGAUGCUGUGCAGCAACACAGUUUGGAGACAGUAUUUCAUACCUGCACUGGUUGUUUUUUUUGUUGUUUUUUUUUUUUAGAAAAACACACCAACUGUUCCAGUCAUCUGUAUUUCCUGCUGCAAACCCCACACUCACACAAACUUAUAAAUCGUGUCCCUUUGUUGUGCCACAGAUUGGUAGCUGCACUGUGAAGGUCCACAGCCUUCGGUUUUCUUUUGCUGCUUAGUUUUGCUCAAAGAUUUCAUUCAUUGUUAAUUAUGGAAAUUUUGCCUUUAUUGUAAAAUUUUUCUACAAAAAAAAAAAUUUGGUUUCAUGGUCAGUUCUAAUGUUUCAAUUGAUUUUAUUGCCAGCCUUCUUAAAUUUGUUUUAUGUACUUGAAUGAUCAAAGCUUUCAUAUGUAAUUAAGGAAUCCUGAUCCAGGCAUGAAAGGCUGGCUUUCAAUCCAUUUUGUCUGGAGAAAAAAACAAUUAUACGUCAAUUUGCAAUCCAA